UCAAAUACCGGGAGAGGCGCCUUCACCGCCGCUGCCGAGCGCUCCAGCCCCGCUCCCGCAAAGUCAAGACCAGGAGAAGGGUCACUUCUGACCUGUUUCAGAACUCUGUCAGGUCCCAGAGAAGAGGACAGAGGGGACUGCACUCUCCCCAGCCAGCACUCUGUAGGGUAGAGGACAAGGAGUUCUGGUCUGAAGCAGAAGGUGACAAGAGCUGUUCUGUCUCUGAAUCCAUCAUGGAACAGAUGGAGCAUGCACUGCUGUACACCUUCCUGGAGUCAUCCUCUGACUGCAGGUUCAAAGACCAGCUGUGGUCCCUGAAAAGCCCAAGGCCUGUUGUUUUGGAAGGACCCUCGGCCGGGGGGAUCUCUCAGUCCCAAUCAGGAGUCUUUGACGAUGAGUUUGAGCUCCAGUGCGACGGCAAUCGGAGCGGCCACUACCAGAACGGUGAGCUAGAGUCUGACGCUCCGGUAAAUGAAGAUGUUAUCCGGAUCAUUGCUGCUCAGCUCGCUAAGAUUGGAGACGAGCUUGACAAAGAUGUCCAAGCAAACGCAGUAAAUGAUCUAGUGCAGUACUUUCUGAAUGAGAGUCUCUCUAGAGAGGAGAUAAUGCGGCACAUGUCUCGGGUGGUGAGAGAGCUUGCACAAGCCAUCCCCUCAGACAUGGAACAGGAGAAGUUCAUGUUGGUGCUAGCAAUGGUCUUGGCUAAGAAAAUUGUGAAUACGGUGCCCUCCCUUCUACACCGUGUCUUCACCACCUCUGUGAACUUCAUCAACCAGCAGUUCCACGACUACGUUGUCGAAAUGAUGGGUGAGUGAGCUCUCCUGCCCUCCACGUGGAGAAAUGGGAUUCUGGAAGACUUUUCUUGGUGUUUAAAGAACACUUUAUUUGCUUUUUAACUUCUGAGAUACUGUGGAAGUGUCUCAGUAUCUCCCACAGCUGUGAAAGGGAUGGCAGAGCUCCAUAGAUAGGCUUUUGUAGACUAGCACAGCAGCAAUGGUAGUGUGAGCUGCCUGCCAGCUCUGCCAGUACCUGUAGGGAGAACUGCUUGCCUUCUCUCAUUUUACAAUAUUUUUUCUGGUUUUUUUGGGGAGGGCUUUUUGGUUUUUUUAGCAGUAGCAGAGUUUGUGCAGACCCUGUCUUGUAUCUCCAGAGGCCCAGUGAGGACAGGGCCUGCACUCUGUGCUUUUUUUAAUCAGCUGUAGCAUUUUGCUUUAGUUAUUCACUUUCCCGCCCUGCUCUUGCAGCUGAGCCAUGCUGAGUGUUGUUCCCAGGAAGGCCUCAGGCUGUGAAAUGGGUACAGACCACAAGGGGGGUGGGUGGAAAUCAGGCCUAUCUUGAUGGGGCAGCAAGAGAAAACAGAGCCCUGAAGGAUGGAUGGGUGUUUGGCCAGGUAAAGAUACUUCAGUGUCAAUCACCAUCCACCUGUGUUGGCUUGAAAAAUAAAACUGACGUUGAAACUGUAAAGAAAAAGGCAGGGGUAGGCACAGGGCAAGUUUUUUUGGGAAUGCAACCUGGAUAUACUUGAGAAAAAGUGGUAUCUAAUAAUCACAUCUCAGGUUCAACAAACUUGGACUCAGGUUGUUUGACACAUAAUCACACGAGGUGGCAAAUUGCAUCACCUGUGAUCCAGCCACCUCACGAGUUUUGAAAGUUUGUAAAUAUUUUGUGGGCUUUCUUAAAUAAAAAUAUCACUUCUUGUGGCACUAUGGCUCAUAAGAA